GACUGGCCAGCUUCGGAAGCAAACAAGACGACUGUUAAUUAAGCCUAAAAGCCGCAACUUUUUCUCACUUCCUUGGAACCAAUCCUCAAAAACGCUGCACAUAUAUAAGCCUUUAGGAUGAUCCCAGGUCUCCGGCAACGAGACGGUUAAGAGCUCACUGGAAACUGAGGCAGGUAGAGGAAUACUAAAAUGCUGGUGAACGGUGUUGGUAGGGAAGACUUAACGGGCUGCUCCGGUGGUGGCACGGUGGUGGUGGGGGUUAAGCUUGACUCGCAGAGCAGGGAGCUCUUGACAUGGGCUUUGGUGAAGGUGGCGCAGCCUGGUGAUUCUGUGGUUGCACUUCAUGUUAUCGACAACAAUGAAAUUGUGGAUCGAGAUGGGAAGUCUUCGCUGCUAUCGCUUGUCAAAGCGUUUGACUCUGUUCUUGCCGUCUAUGAAGGUUUCUGCAACUUGAAACAGGUGGAUCUCAAGCUUAAGAUGUGCAGAGGUUCCUCAAUUAGAAAAAUUUUAGUGAGAGAAGCUAAAUCUUAUUCUGCAAACAAGUUUAUUAUUGGAACUGCCACUAAGUACCAUAAAAUCCUGUCUUCGACCUCCACUGCUAAGUACUGUGCUAAGAAACUGCCAAAGACUUGCUGGAUUCUUGCCGUGAAUAAUGGGAAAAUUGUGUACCAGAGAGAGUGCUCUCCAGUGGCUGGUACUUUUGGCUCAGAAGGAACUGAAGAUCGUCGGAGGAAUGGUUUGUUUAAUGCAAUUCAUCGUAGGAUAACAUUGACCAAGAAUUCUAGAGUACUGAACUCAGGAAAUGCCAUUAGAGCCCCAAAGUUGGAUUGUAAUACUAGUAAUGACCAGAAUUUGGAUCAGGCGUUAGUUAAGGCUGCUUCUGAUUCUAUGGAGGGUGCUAUGAAACAGAACUGCUUAAUUUGUGGAGCUGGUACUGCAUUGCUGGAUAAUUUUUCUGACAAAUCUGCAAAAGAGUCUCCUGGUGAUGAUACUGGUGGAGACAAUCCUCUGGCUAUAGUGCCAGUACCGAAGGCAGGGGCAGCAUCAAGUUCAAUCUCUAUGAUGAUCAGACAGUUGCCUGAAGUUAGACCUGGUUGGCCCUUACUUUGUCGUCCGGUUUCAUCUGACAGACGAGUUCCUGAUCAGUCUAGGAAGAUCUCUGUGGUUCAGUGGGUGAUGCGGUUUCCCCCCAGGCUUACUUUCUACAUUUCCAAUUCAGAUCAUAAAAAAGAUUGUCAUGACCAGAGUGAAGAUAAGCCCCACAAUGUUGAUCAAGAAGGUGGUGCAAUUGUUCCAGUUGGUACUGAGGUCACCUCUCAACCUUCACCUGAUCACAGUUCAAGAAGCCUGCCAGAGGAAUUGAAGGGUCUUCAUGAGAAAUACUCAGCAACUUGUAGAUUAUUUAAAUACCAAGAGCUCCUCUCUGCAACUUCCAGUUUCUUGGCUGAAAAUUUGAUUGGGAAAGGAGGCAGCAGUCAGGUUUAUAGGGGUUGUCUUCCGGAUGGCAAGGAACUUGCUGUGAAGAUCCUAAAGCCUUCUGAUAAUGUAUUGAAGGAGUUUGUCUUGGAAAUUGAGAUUAUUACCACAUUGCAUCACAAGAACAUAAUCUCCCUUCUGGGUUUCUGCUGUGAGGAUGGCAAUCUUCUCUUGGUUUAUGAUUUCUUAUUGAGAGGAAGCCUUGAAGAGAACCUUCAUGGUAAUAAGAAGGACCCUAAGUCAUUUGGUUGGAGCGAAAGAUAUAGGGUGGCACUUGGAGUAGCUGAGGCUUUGGAUUAUCUGCAUAAUAGGAGUGAUCGGCCUGUGAUCCAUCGGGAUGUUAAAUCAUCAAAUAUACUACUAUGUGAUGAUUUUGAGCCACAGCUCUCUGAUUUUGGACUUGCUAAAUGGGCAUCUACCUCCUCAACACAUAUGACCUGCACAGAUGUUGCAGGAACUUUUGGCUACUUGGCUCCUGAAUACUUCAUGUAUGGCAAAGUGAAUGACAAGAUUGAUGUUUAUGCAUUUGGUGUUGUACUGCUUGAGCUUCUUUCUGGAAGAAAGCCCAUAGGAAACAACUAUCCCAAAGGCCAAGAGAGUCUGGUCAUGUGGGCAAAACCAGUUUUAAGUGGAGGGAAGAUUUCCCAAUUAUUAGAUCCAAGCUUGGGUGAAAAUUAUGACCAUGACCAGAUGGAGAGGAUGGUCUUAGCUGCCACUCUCUGUAUCAGGCGUGCUCCACGAGCCAGGCCUCAAAUGAGCCGGGUCUCUAAGCUCCUCCAAGGCGAUGCUGAUGUAACUAAAUGGGCAAGGCUGCAAGUCAAUGCUUCAGAAGGAUCAGACAUGCUGGAUGAUGAACCUUGUCCACGGUCUAAUCUCCAAUCCCAUCUUAACCUCGCAUUGCUUGACGUGGAGGAUGAUUCACUCUCCGUUAGCAGCAUUGAACAAUGCAUAUCAUUAGAGGACUACCUGCAAGGCAGAUGGAGCCGCUCAUCAAGCUUUGACUAACCACAUUAUUUGUGUCUCUAUGAUUUCUUUAUCUUUUGUACAUUUUGUUACCCUAGGGUGUUGGAAGAGAGGUUGUUCGCUUUGUGUGCCCGCCUUCUUCCCUUUCUAAUCAUGUCAGUGUUCUGUUCAUGUGAGAAAAAAUUGUGUUGUAAUUCUGAAUUAUCGUCAUAAAAGUCUGUAAAUAUAAUCAUUGCUCUAAAGUUGCCCACAGCAGGCAAACAUAAGAGCAAUUUUGUUUAAGUGAUUUAUUAUCAAAUUCAGAAAAAUUAGGGGACUUCUUUAAGUGUAUGUUUAAUUUGAAGGAAAUAAAGAAGGAGACAAUGA